UACCCCCGCAGAGAGCAACCAUCUCCAGAAAGAACACCAGAUCAACAAAUCCAUUCAGUUGUACGAGGUAUUGUUGGAGGUCUCAAGUCUCUGGGACUUUUGCCCAAGAAGACCAUGGGUCUACCACCUCUUAACAAGCCACUUGAUCGGAACAGACUCUCGGGAUUUCUCUACAACAUCUCCAUGUACCUUCAGGAGAUGAGUGCUGAGCUAGAUGAUGAUCAGCAGACUCUCAGUGAUGAUCAAUUUUGGGAGAACUUGUUGUACUCUUUCCUUCAGUCUGAUGGAAGAACUCCACUUGGACAGUGGGAUGGGAGGGUUCCUCCAAGGCCGAGCUUCAAACUCCAGGAUCUAUUUUUGUCUCUAAGAGGAAGUCCACACUGGGAUGGAUUACUGGGGCUGGUGCAGAGCAUCCUAACUUUUAUAGAGCGCCAGCCACAAAGGCCUAUCCUGACAUUUGUGUCACAACACUGGAAGACCAUCAGCGCUUUGCUUGACAUGGCUCUGCAGGCUCUGGUCAGUGGGACCUAUGGCCAAGCUAGCGCGGGCCUCCAGGGAUUUAUUUGUGUCCUGAAAGGACGAACUGAUUGCUCCUUCAACUUGAGCUGGUUGCAGCAGCUCCUUACGUUUCUGGAAACGAGGAACUGGAAACCUGUGGUCAACCUGCACCCUGCAAGUGUAGCUGUCGACCACAGGGAUGGUGCUCUCUCGACAGGACGUUUUAAGCCGUUUAGCGUUCCACCCGAGGUCUUACGUGAGGAGAACCUUUAUGUGAGCAAUGCGUCCCAUGAGACGGAGAGGCUCACCUCUCUGCAAAAGCUGCUCCUGCAGGCCCUGUCAAGGUCAAACGUUGGAGAGAGGGCUGUGCAGUUUGCAGAGCAUAACCCUGCCCUCCUGCAGGGUCUUGAUGGCCUAAGGCGUGGACUUCUGCACAGAGUGGGCAGCACUGUGUAUGGUAACCUGAGGAGGAAGGUGUCACGUGUGACCAUGGCGCUGCUGGAUGAUCUAGGGAGCAUGGUGGGGGAGCCACAGUCCAGUCAACAGGGACGAUGCUCAGUGGGUGACCUCAGGCAAUUAAUUUUGUGGGGUAUCAGGCAUAAUCUGACAUGGAAUGCUCAAGCCAUGGGUUUCACCUCAGAAGGUUUACCCAGUAGGCCGGCUUUCAUGUCCUGUGUAUCACCGGAUGAGGAUAAAUCCAAUUCAAGACAGUCAUCGAAAAGAUCUAGACUUCUCCAGCCUCAGCUGACAAAUCAUGAUCACACAGACACAACAGACAUCCCAGCCUCAGAGAUUCUGGAGGCCGCAUGCAAUGCCUCUAUACCCGGCCUCACUGGAGUUUCAAAUUUCACCGUCUUCCUCUACUGUAACCUUUUCGAGGGUGGUGAGGCCACUGUGGACCCAGAGGUCAGCCAUGCAAUGCCUGACUUGCAUGCUAGUUGCUCUAAUGCAGCGUGGUACCUCUCUGCUGCAGAGGAAGAUUUCCUGUGGGUACAUGUGUGCAGCGAGUUCUUUGCACAAGAAUUCAAUAAUACAGUGUGUGCCAACUCAUCCUUCUGGCUUCAGCGAGCCCAUCAGGCUGCUAUUUCCAAGGAUUACCACAACUUCAACCAGUCAAGCAUUGAUGACCUCUGCCUACAGCUAUCCGCAGACAUUUCUGCAAGCUCUGCAGCUGAUGCAGCUGAGGACUGCUUAGCGAUGCUCAGCACCAGAUCUCUGAGUGCCCACGAUUUUAGGAGGUGCUUUCUGCCCAAUGAUUCCGCUCUGAUCUCGGCCUUGUGCGGCAACGGCUCCUCUCCGUUACCCCACGAUGGCUGGGCAGCAGAGUACUGCUCUAAAGUCCUGCCCAAAGACUCCCACCCUGACUCCAAAGAAAGACCUUGUGACUUCUCAAGCUGGACCGCAGAUCUUUUCACCAACUCCACUAUGCUGGAACUCUGUGGAGACACUGUAGGUCUGAGGGAUUAUGUUUGCAAGAACAUAAGUCGGUACCUCUUGCUGGUCCGUAAGCAGCCUUUACUGUUAGACUACUGCAACCCCAACUUGGAACCAAAGCAGAAAAGCAAGUGUGUCCUCCAGCAGCUGUUUGAUAUGCUGCCUGCCCCGUAUGACUUUGACACAUCUCAGCUAUGUGUGAACCCUAUGCCCAUUCUGCAGGAGGCCCUGCACAAGCUAAGUCUUUGCGAGGGGGUGGUGGAUGAGCGUGUGGGCUGGCUGGCUACUGUAAGCUACGUGCUCCGAGUGCUGGAUUUUGUCGUGGGACUGUCCGCAGGCUUGGAAGAGGGAGAACGUGAGGUGCGCCAAGGCCUUGGUCAAGCUAUUCUUCUCUCUAGCCUACUGGACAAUGCCUCCUUUUGGGCAACCCUCAAGCCGGAUGCAUCUGUCAGUGUGCUCCAGACUGUUGGUGUCUUUCUCAGGCGAGAGCGGAACCCCUCGCUUAAGGAGGACCUUCUUAGCUGUUUUAGCCCCGUUCUGUGGGACCUCAUUCAGAAGGUGGACAACUCAUCUGCCCUGAGGUUUCUAAUACAGGAAUACCUCCAGAUGCCAAGGGAAAGCAUACGCUCUCUUGUGCUGUCUGCAGAAAAGGACGCAGUGAAAAGGUUCCUAUCUCAUGUCCAUCAGAGCUGGGACCAGCUCCAAGUGGAAACAAUACAGACUUCCCCAAAGGAGCAGGAGGCCAUGGAGACCAUGACUGCAGCCUUCAUCCACAAAUUCCCACGUGUUACGCCAGAACUAUUUGUUGACCUCUCACAGUUCAUCCCAUACAUGUCUGUAUCAGACAUAAUGAGCUUCCCAGCAUCUCUGAUAGUCAACGACAGUGUGCUGACAGCUAUUCGCGAUCACAGCUCUGAGAUGAAGUCCCCUCAGAAGCAAGCUUUUGCAAAACGCCUCCUACAGUCAAGUGUGGUGGGAGAUGUCCCCUCCUGGCCACCAUACUUCCUCACCUCCAUUCUUCCUCUGCUCCCACACCUCCCUGUCAGCCACUUCCAGCAGCUUACAUCCCAGCAGCUCAGCCCUCUAGUGGAAUUUUUGGCGAACAGCAGCUUGGAUGCCACACGGGGGCGCCAUGUGCUUCGCACCCUGUUCAGCAAGAGGAAGAAUCUCACCAGUGAAACAGUAAUGAGGCUAGGCAUCCUAAUAUGUUACCUGAAUUCAGAGGAAUUGCACCGUUUCCUGUCUACAUCGCCUGUCUCACCUGCUCUGUGGCAGCAGCUUGCAAAAUGUGUUUCAGAGGGCCAUGUCAGCGGAAGUGGCAGACUUUCACAUUGGCUGGGCCUCACUUUUAAAUCUCUGAACACCAGUGUCUUGUCUUCUUCGGAACUGGCCUCUCUGCAUGGGGUGUUACCUCAGCUGGGGGCUUCAUUCUUGCAGACUCUGUCUUCUUCUGAACUGUUGGAACUCUUCUCUCUGCCUGGUAUACCCACUUUCCCACCUGCACAGGCCUUCCAGAUUCUCAGCAAAAUAGCCCAAGAAACAAACAUCAGUGCCAACACAUUAUGUAGGCUGAGGCCAUUAUUAUCAGGUUUGGCUCCCGCCUUCUUGAGAAACCUGAGUGUACCUGACAUGAUGGGAACAUCUGAUUGUCAGUGCUGGAACUCUCUGCUGACUGAGCUGCGGCCUGCCCAUCGCGCAAUGGUCUACAGCGCAAUACAACAGGCUCUGGAAAAUUCAUCGGGAAACAUCACCCUGUACCUGCACUGCCUUCUACCUGUUAUUUCUCUGAAAAAACUGGCAACGGAACUCAAUGGGCACAUCAUCAUUCGCCACAUUUCUCUAUACAAGAACAUGCCCUGGUCUCAUCAGCAGGCUCAGCUGCUUUUCAAAAUGAUUCAGCAUACGGAAAACAUCACCAGAGAGACAGUACUACGUUUGGGUCACAUUGCAAGCGGCAUGAGCUGUAAUAGGCUACGGCUUUGGGCCAAUGAAUCAGACUUCUCUGAAUUGUUGCAGUUUAUCACGGAAUUGCCAGGAGGACUGAGGCCAGCUCUGAGGAAGUGUGUGGUGGAGGAGCUUCGGAAGAGGCCGAAUAUGGAUCUGAACGGCAUCAACCCUUUAUUUGCUGCAGGAUUACCAGUGCUGAUGAUGGAGCGCCUGUCCAACACCUCACUCAGGGCCAUCCUGAACCACGUCCGACGACACUUUAUCGAUUUCCUGCAGCUUCCGCGACACAAGCAGAUGGCCUUGGCUGAGAAAGCUAUUGAUGUUCUUGGUAUUUCUGAGGACCAUCUCUCUGGAACCUCAAUGGACCUGCUGGGUCCUCUGCUGCUUUUCCUGGACAGGGAUGCGCUGGCCCAGGUGGACAGAGAGGCUCUGAAGCUGCGAUUAGAAGAUCUGAGACAAUACUGCAUGCCUUCUGAUUUCUUCAGAGAAAUGGCUGCCCUGCUUACAGAGAGGAGCAUGCUGGGAGAGCCAAAAUCAUGGACAGUGGGGGAUGUUGAACAUGUAGGCCGGCUAGUGUUCACCCUGUCCCCACAACAGAUACGAUCUCUACCACUGGAUGAUUUAGGCAAAGACACAGUCGAGCAAAUUCUGCAGAGUCAGUGGCACUGGAAGGACUCUGCUCUUGGUAAAGUGUGCGCCGACCUGAAAGGAUUAAAAGACAAGAUCUAUAGCCUCAUUCACAAGAUUAGAAAGGUCUGUAUGUGUUUAUCAGAGCCAACUCCCAGCUGUGCGGACGUCAGAGGAACCUUCCCCUCGGCCUGGCGCUGGUAUCAGCUGAGUCGAAUGAAGAGAAGGGAGCUGGAGGAUUGUGUUGAGUUUAUGGGUCAGGAUGGUUCACUGGAUGCUGAGCAACGUGGGGUGCUGUGGGCAGAACUCAGACCGCUUUAUAAGCCGGUUAAGGCUCUCAGGGCGGAGCAGCUGUUGGAGCUGGGCUGUAUCGUCACUGAGAUGGGUGAGAGAGAGCUGCAAGCUGCCAACCUAUCUGACCUAGCUGUGGUAGCCUAUCUUGGGAGCUUUGAGGAGUGGAGCACAAAGAAAAUGAGAGCAGCUUUACAGGGAAUAAUGAGACGCCGUAAACAGAAGCCAGAAGAGCUUGGAGUGGUGGAGCUGGUUUCUCUUGGUUAUCUGCUUUGUGGCUUCAGCUCAUCAGAAAUCUCCCAUCUGGACCCUUCUAACCUGAGUGUGGCAGCUUUCUUUCUGAGGGAGACGGUCCUGCCAUGCUCUGAAGAGCAGAUUGCAGCCCUAACUGCCCGACUGUCCAGCCCACUGGGCUUCGGCCCAGUCAGCAACUGGGGCUCUGAGGUCUUCACUGAGAUCGGGACUCUAGCAGCUGGACUGGAUGACAUGGUGUUGUCUGCCCUCAUAAAGGAACAAAUGGAAGGACUGACCCCAGCAGCAAUAGCCCUGAUCCCCCCAAGAAAGAUGGCUGUGGUGUUUAGUGCUACCCAGCUCUCCUGGCUCAGUGCUGAACAGGCGUGGGCUGUGACGGAGGAGCAGUGGGAGGAACUGGACAGUGAGCAGAAGCAGGCCUUAAACAUGGCACAGUAUGAAGGCGAGGUCAUGCUCGGACACAGAGGCUAUGGUAUGGUGUUCGGCGGAGACGUCGGCGUGUCGGUUGCUGAGAACGAGCCUGCGUGCCGUCGCUGGGUCGCUCCGUCGACGCAGCUCUCCGCAACGCCUCUUCAGCUCGCUCGCCCCCAGCACCACACGGACUCCCGGCUGAAGGGAUGCCGCUGUCCGCGUAAGCAGCUUCGGGGAGCCGCUAGUGCCGCUCGCUCGCACCUUAACGCGGUUUAG